AUGGAGUUUGACCCGAACCACCUCGGUGACCCCUGCAAACCUGUGGACGACAACGUCGAGCCCCCCGAUCUGGAGUGCGCCAUCUGUUUCUGCCAGUUCAACAAUGUCUUCAACACCCCUAAGGUACUUCAAUGCAAGCACACCUUCUGCCUGGAGUGUCUUGCGAGGAUGAACGUGAAGUCCACCCAACCCGACACCAUCCAGUGCCCUCUGUGCCGCGCGUACACCCCGUUACCCAACUUGGGUCUUCCCAAGCUAGCAAAUGACUCCACGGUGCUGUCUUACUUCCCAGCUGCCAUGCAGCAUGUCUACAGUAUCCGCUUUAACCGCAACAAAGGCAAACUGCAUGUGAAGAGAGUGCCCAGCUCUGCCCCGACCCUGACGCAGACCGUCAGCCAGACUCUGGACGUCGGGAACCCAGCGGGCUUGGAGGGUCACCAGGGCAGAGACGGGGGUAGAGAAAGGUCUUUACUGAUCACCGUACUGCAAACGCCCCUGUGCAAAGCUUUCAUCAUGAGCCUGGUGGCCAUACUGAUCGUCGUUCUCACCAUUACUAUUAUCUUCAUCAACAAGAAAUAAGCCCAAAUACUUCGGUUUUUACAUGUA